AUGGUCAUUCCCAUCGCUGAUGGCAAACCUCUAGGCCGCGUCUCCUUCGAGCUGUUUGCAGCUCAAGUCCCAAAGACCACAGAAAACUUCCGUGCUCUGAGUACUGGGAAGAACGGAUUUGGUUACAAGGGUUCCUGCUUUCACAGAAUCAUCCCUGGGUUUAUGUGCCAGGGUGGUGACUUCACAUGCCAUAAUGGUAUUGGAGGCAAAUCCAUCUACAGGAAGAAGUUUGAUGCUGAGAACUUCAUCCUGAAGCACACAGGUCCUGGCAUCCUGUCCAAGGCAAAUGCUGGACUCAAUACAAACAGUUCCCAGGUUUUUAUUUGUACUGCUAAGAAUGACUGGUUGGAUGGCAAGCAUGUAGUCUUUGACAAGGUGAAGGAAGACAUGAGCGUUGUGGAAGUCACGGAGCACUUCGGGUCCAGGGAUGGCAAGACCAGCAAGAAGCUCACCGCUGCUGACUAUGGACAACUCUACGUGAUCUGUAGUUCAUGUUUUCUCUAA